AAGGCAAACACUUGCAGGCAGCAUCUGAACAACCUUGUUCUCCGUGCAUGCUGAAAGCUGCUCGAAUUCUCCGUACAACAAUCAUACCUCAAGUUACAUCCGUGACAUUAAAUAGUACUUUAUUUGCACGCGACCGAUGCGUCUGAUGGAAUAAGCUUCCCGUUCCCGCCCACACCGCCGCCGCUCGCCCUUCGUCUGCUAUGUUUCGCGCCAAGAUGAGCCUGGAGUCUGUAUUACCCAUCGCUCCGGCGAGGGUAAGAGCAUUGGUCGUACCCGUCGGCCAUAUCAAGCGAGAGCGAUUCGCGUCAUUUGUCCAGAGGCUCAACCAGGAACAUGUCGUUCAUCUGCGGGACAUCAGCGCCGACGGGCGGCCGCAUCGAAACAUGUUCUCGCCGUUGGCCUUCCCCGAUGGAGCCAUGUUCUACGACCUCAUCACUCAUGUCCCGCCCCCGUCGCACCUUGCGUUGUCCCCCUUCGACCUAUAUCGAGAGCCUCUUGCGGUCAUUGCCAUCGCCGACGGUGGCGAACUCGAGAACGGUACCUUUAGCAAGAGAGAAUCUGCAAAUGGCCAUGCGCCGACUUUGACGGAGAGCAAUAUCCGGACGCUGUAUCAAGAGCUGGAGAACCUACGAGACUCGUACCCGAAAGCGCUAACGCACCACGUCUUGAUAUUCGACUACAAGCCACCGCCAGAAUACGAAGCGCCCAUACCCGAAGGCAUAAAGACGAUACCGCCCGUCGAGGUCUGCAAGCGAACAACGAUGAAGACCAUCAUGUGUGAUAUCUCCUCUUUAUUACUGGCCGAGAUGACCACUCUGGCCAGAUCUAUCGAGGCCAUGACGGCGAUCGAUUCCCCCGGCCACACUACUCGUCCACAGUCGAACGGUGCAUCCUGGACGGUCGACGAGCCAACCACGACCUCUAGGCGCAAUUCGCAGUUUUCACUACCAUCCGUGACAAGGUCUGCAUCAGCGGGCGGGGCUGUUGAUAAAAACCACGCCCGCAUGUCGAUGCCAGUUCCGUUCAAAGGUCUUCCUUUUGGAUCAAGCAGCUCCACCCCUACUGGCCGCCCUUCUACUCCCGUGCGAAGCGGAUUGUCGAAUCCUCCCACUUCAUUUGAAGAUAUGGCCAAUGGAGGUGGCUCGGGACCGACAAGUCCGGAACAGAAGGAACAGAGGCCAUUAUCUACACGCCCGGGAACAGCUGAGGGUGCAAAGUCGCCAGGGCAGGACAAAGUCUCGGUGCAGGGCUUUGGUCCAGGUGGACUUAAUGAACGGUGGCGCAACAAGGGCAGAGGCCGAGCCACCAUUGUCAUCGGAUCCUUACAUCUUCAGGCUGGCCGUUGGAGUGAUGCCUUGAGGGAGUUGGCCGACGGCGCAACUGUCGCAAAGUCUCUCAAUGACCAUUUAUGGCACGGCAAAGCGCUCGAGUUGAUCACAUUGUGCCUCAUCCUCCUAGGCUGGGCUAAACUCGAGUUCCAAAUUCCCAUGAUAUGCCAACCCGAGAAGUCUUCGAGCAGCUCCAUAAAGGCAUUAAAUGAUGAGGAAGCCGACAUAACUCAGCCAAAAUGCUUGCGACACUUGCAGUACAUUCUGCCGGAACUUUUAGAGCGGAUCAUCGGAUUAUAUUCCCGGAUAUCUGGCGAACAGCUUCCCCCGUUGCCUUUAUCGGAAACCGUCAUUAGGUUCUGUAACUUGUUGACAGCUCUUCACAUCUGCGAAGGGAAGCUGGACAAGAAGGCUCUAGAUAUAUUGGUUAGUGGCAAACUACCCGGCAAACCGUUGACUACAUCACCUCGACUCAGGAUAACGCCAACGCGGACGCAAAUUACAACUUUGUUGUUCAAAGCGUUUCCUUCCUCUGCGCCCGAGUUGCUCACCACGGUAGAUCGCGCUAUUAUUUUUAGUGGCAUCGCAUCAGUCCUGGGAACUCUGGGGUACCACAGGAAAAAAGCAAUGGUAACCAGAGAGCUGGUGUCGGUUCUGAUUGGAGGUCUCGUUGAGGCUCGCACUAGAGGUGCGGCUGAAGUUGGCAUCCACCCAGCAGCAGGCUUAGUAGGUUUGAAUGCGGUCAACGGUCAUGGUAAUGGCGCAGGUGCUCUUGAACUCGGUGAGGGAGACAUAGAGCAUGGCGUCGACGCAUUCUUGGGACUGUUAUGCAAGACGUACGGGGUGGUUGGCUUGGAUGGCGUUUCAAAAGCAGGGCCACGCGAGGGAAAUCGCGAUGACGAUAGUGACAGCAAAGUCAUUGAGAGGAUCCAGAAUCAGGCCGCCGCUAGGCAUUUUGGGAUCCAAAAUGUCAAGCUCAACAUCCUGAGAGCUUGUAUCAACUUCUCCGAGGCACUUCCCGACUUUGAUGGCGUCCUGAAAUUCUCGAGCGACUUGCUACGUACAGCAGGAAGCGGUGUUGCACCAGGGCCGCGUCGGGAGGAUGCAGCUCCCAUAAUCACACGAGAUGAACAGGUACGACUCGCCACUAAUAUCUCCAAGACUGCGAAUCUGUCCAAACGGUUGGGCUUGGAAAAUCUGGCUGCUGAGUACUGGGACGAGUUCUUAAUACGUGGAAUAUUGAUGGAUCCGCUGGCGCCGACAAGGACACCGGUACCACACGCUAAAAGCGUCCUACCAGGAGCAAACACGGCGCGCACCUCGCAAGAUGUCAACCCAUUUAUUUACAACCCCUUCUUGAGAGCGCCUGACAACGUAGCGAUUGCAAAAACCCUUGUAACAGGCGAACCCGCCAACUUCAGAAUUACCCUCCAAAAUCCUUACGAAAUCGACGUGGACAUAGAAAGCAUUAAGUUGGAUACUGAAGGGGCGGAAUUUGAAUCAUCUGCAGAGAGCACGGUUAUUGGGCCUUAUCGAACACAAAUCCUCAAGAUAUCUGGUACGCCGAGAGCAGCCGGAGACCUCAAAAUCACAGGAGCCCUUGUGCGGGUGACAGGAUGUCGGGAAAGGAGGUUUCCGAUCUUCCCUCAACCAUGGGCGGCAGACACCGAGAUCAAGGUCAAGGGCAUCGGACUUUCUUCGAUUGAAAACAACAAGGCAUUGCCAGCCCCGGGACCGGCCUUGAAGACAUACAGUAUUGGGUUGGGGGUAAUCCCUGCGCAGCCUGUUUUGGUUGUGAAGUCGACAACUCUCGCCCAAGCUGCGGUUAUGAUCCUAGAAGGAGAGCGACAGGUGUUUUCAGUGACUUUACAAAACCUCUCGACGGCAGUCCCUGCAGACCUACUACUCUUCUCCUUUCAAGACUCGACUCAAGGGCCUCUGCAGAGUGCGCUGACAAAUAGAGAUGCCACGCCCGCCGAGCUCUAUGAGUACGAACUCGUUCUGGCAAAGAAACAGGCAUUGCGUUUGAGAAAAAUCAACGACUCCAAAAGAUACAUCGCUCCUGGUGGCACGGGCACCUUCGAAUUCGAGGUUCUAGGGAAGCCAGGUUUGACGAAUGGAACGAUCCAAGUCGACUAUGCCCACCUCGGCGUGCCCCAGGACCAAAUCGCCGAUCAGUUCCAUACACGCCAGGUCUGUGUGGACUUGACGGUAACUGUCAACGCCAGCGUUGAGCUAGCCAGGAUGGACAUACUGCCCAUCCAAGGCGAUGUCCCUGAACCGCUCUGGAAACAGCUAGGGUCUGUGGGGACGGAGCACGACAUAUCCGAAUCGGAGAAAUAUUGUCUUCUAAUGAUGGACCUCCGGAAUGCCUGGCCGAGCAACAUGCAAAUACACCUCGAAACCGACAAGGGACUAACCAUCGAGGAGCAAAUACUGCCCGGCAACACGAACAGAGUUAUGUUCCCGGUGCCGAGGGUGUACCUUGAAGACCCCCACGCAUCUAUCCCUGCUCUCAACCCGUCUAGGCAGCGGCAAUUCGUCGUCAGCAGCAGCAAAAUCACGCCCGACAUAGAACGAGCCAACCGAGAGGGUUUCUGGUUCCGCGAGAAGAUCCUCGACUCCCUGAAAGGCUCCUGGAAGACCCUUUCGGGGCCCUCACGGGAAGGCAGCAUCGAGCUCCGCGGCCUCCGACUCACUCCCCGUAUGAUCGAAGCCGUCAAGAUUGACGAAGUCGACAUUGCCAUCUCGGUAGAAAGCUCUGACAGCGGCAACCAAAGCACCAUCUUCGUAGACGAUUUUGCGACCAUCAAAGUGGUCAUCACCAACUGCACCGCCCAGCCCAUCUACCCCACCGUUCGGCUCAUGCCCGCGCUCUGCCAUCGGCCCCUUAACGUGGCGCUCGACUUCACGCGCAAGUUCGCCUGGAACGGCACCCUGCAGCAGUCCCUGCCCCUGCUUGACGCGCACGCGAGUACGGAGGUCAGCAUUGGUGCUACGGCGCUAUGUAGGGGUGAGUUUGAGAUUACGGCUAGUGUGGAGGAGACGCAGUUGUGGACGCUGCCGCUGCCGCCUGGGACAGAAAUGGGAACGGGCACGGAUGGUGCUGGGGCUGGAGCGGAGGCUGUCGUGGGAAGGCAGAGGUCGGACACGCAGGCUAUGUUGGAUGCGGUGCUGGGGGCGAAAGAGAGGCGGAUUUGGCAUGUGAGGCAUCCGUGUUUAGUCAGGGUUGUGGAUCGGGAUGAUGAUUAGAGGUUAGAGGUAUGAGAUAAGUAGAAUAUUUGUGUGAAUGUUAUGGAAGAAUACCCUGCCUGUCUCUAUUGAAAGGCAUGGUCUGAGCGAGACGUUCAGCUGCGCUUACGCACAAGUCCUGGGCGAAUGAUCUUGCAGCAUAUCGACGCAGUCACUUGGCGUGUUCACUGUAGCUGGCAGGACUACCUGGACUCGUAGUAUCGACG